AUGAUUACAGUCAACAACCACCAUCACCACAACAACACCACGCCCGCCACGAAGCAGGCUCUCUCCACAGCCAAGAGCGCUGAUACCCAAAGGUUGCUAAUUUUUCAGGAUCGUAAAGCUCUUAAGAGUUCUAAGCAGCCCACUCUUAACAAAGGUGGACCAGGCUUCGGAAAUCGCAAAGCUCUAAAAGAGAUUACAAACAAGUCAUCACUUCCUCGCGAGGCUUCAUCAAAGAAAAAGAACUUUCCCAAAGAGGAGCUCAAUAUUGCUCAGGAAAUGGUUUUGCAUUCACACAAGAAGUGCAUUGAAGCUCAAGUAGCAGCAAUGAGACCACCUUUCUGGGACCCCGUUCUUCCAGGAUAUGAUUCGGUAUCAUCUGUUGAAUUUCCUGAGUCUAGACCAGCAAAGACUGAUAUUGAUAGCCCCCAUUGCUACCCAAAACCAGUGGAAUUGUCCAUGUCUGAAUUCUCUGAUAUGUUGGUGUUAUCAACAAACUGGGACUCUCCUCAAUCGUCUCCAUUACACCAGGACUCUCAACCUUCCUCUCCUUUUGCAUGGGAGUUCGAGCCGGUUGAAUUUCUGCUGAAGCAAGAAGAUUGUUGAAUGAGAGAAUUUGGAUGCAAAGGGGAAUGAUAUAUCCCAAUCUCAGUGUGUAAAUGAUGGUUUUUUUUUUUUUUUUUUCCUCCCUUUUUCUUUGGCUGUGUUUUGCUGUCCGAGACUAGUGCCUUGCUUGCCAUGCUUAGGUUCUUCACCCUUCUAGGGUUGCUGGCUGUUGGGUUUUGUGGUUUUUCUAUGGCCGAGUUUCUCGCGAUGGGUGGUUUUUGGUUGGCAGAGCAUCACAAGUCUUGCAUCCAAACUGGUUCCUAAAGCUUGUUUUUUUUAUGCCUCUAAGGUUGCUGGCUGUUGGGUUUUGUGGUUUU